AUGAUUGAAUUGUAUUCAGUAUGUGGUUUGUGGAAGUUGAACAACAACAUUCAUUGGGAAUUUGAGAUGGAUAAUGAAAGGGGAGCUUCUUUGAUUAACAUUGAUGAGAAUACUAGAUUUAGUGAGUUGGUAAAAAUUCUAUUAGAAGAUUUUGACAUUGAUAUUCAGGCACAAUGUUUAAAGCUUAGUUAUUCAUUGCCUGCUAAGUCUUCUACUAUAGGUAGUAUUCCUAUCUUUAUUAGAAAUGAUAGGCAGCUUGAAGCUUUUAAACUCAAAUAUGCACAAAGUGGAGGAGUUCUUCAUCUAUGUGUUACUGUUGAGGAUUUUUGUGAGAUUGUAGAGCAGGGUCAACCUAGAUCUACUCCUUUUAUUGAGAGUGUUACUGCUGUUACUCAGGAUCAAACAAGCUCAAAUCUGUUAGUUGGGAAUGUUAUUGAUGUUUAUACUCAUACUCGGGAUCAACCAAUACCAAAUUCAUAUGUCGAGGGUGUUCCUCGUAACAUGACAACCUCUGUUGGGUAUCCAUCUUGUUCUUCACACUCAACUGGUCUAAUCGAUGUUGAUUCACUGUUUUGUGGAAAGUUAUUCAAAGACAAAACAGAAAUGAGAAGUCAGAUGCGGAUGUAUGCAGUCAAGCACAGUUUUGAGUUUCAUACUUUUAAGUCAGACAACAAGAGGUAUGUUCUUAAAUGUAUUGAUGAAAAAUGUAGUUGGAGGCUACUUGCAACUAAGGCUAAAGCAUCAGAUAGCUUUGUUGUUCGAAAGUAUAGUAGUCAGCACAGCUGUGACUCUGCUUUAAGGAAUGUUAAUCAUCGCCAAGCAACUGCAAGGACUUUGGCUGGUUUGGUUAGUAACCAUUUUGCAGGAGGAAAGCUUCCUCUCAGACCCAAACAGCUCAUGGAAAUUUUUAGGAAUGACCAUGGAGUUGGUGUCUCGUACUCAAAAGCAUGGAGAGCUCAAGAACAUGCAUCAGAACUUGCUAGGGGUAUACCUGCUGAUAGUUAUGAGGUUUUACCGAGUUGGUUUCACAUGAUAGAAAAGAAGAAUCCAGGUACUAUCACUUACAUCAAAGCUGAUUCUGAUAAUAAGUUUAGAUAUGGUUUUCUGGCUUUUGGUGCAUCAAUUAGAGGUUUUAAGUUGAUGAGAAAAGUUAUUUCUAUUGAUGGCGCCCAUUUGAAAUCAAAAUAUAAAGGGACUUUGCUUGCUGCAUCAGCUCAGGAUGGUAAUUUUCAGUUGUAUCCUAUUGCUUUUGCUGUUGUUGAUUCUGAGAAUGAUGCAUCAUGGGAUUGGUUUUUGCGGUGUUUGAAGACUAUUAUUCCUGAUGAAGAGGAUCUAGUUUUUGUGUCUGAUCGGGCUUCUUCAAUUGCAACUGCGCUAUCAGUAAAUUAUGUACAUGCUCAUCACGGGAUCUGCACUUUCCACUUGCAAAAGAACCUGGAAACACGAUUUAGAGCUUCGGCUUCUCUUCUUCCAGUUGUUCAUGAUGCUUCAAGAGCUUACACUCAGUAUGAUUUUGAUUAUUUGUUCACUCAAAUUUCCAAUGGUGAUCCGGAUCUUGGAGAAUAUCUUUGGCAAGCUGAUAUUAGGAAAUGGUCACGUGCAUAUUCUCCUUCAAACCGGUACAACAUUAUGACAUCUAAUUGUGCCGAGUCCAUUAACUCCAGGUUAAAAGAGACUCGUGAGUAUCCAAUUGUCUGCCUGUUUGAUACAAUCAGGUCUAUUUUGACUAGGUGGUUUAAUGAACGACGUGAGGAGAGCUGUCGACAUCCAUAUGCUGUUACUACAAAAGUUGGGAAUAAGAUGAAUGAAUCUUAUAAUAAUACUACCCGCUGGCUUGAAGUUAGUCAAGUAAAUGAAAAUAUCUUCGAGGUUAAAGCAGCUUUAAAGACAUAUAUGGUGAAUUUGGACACAAGGAAAUGCACAUGCUGUAUGUUUGAUAUUGACAAAUUCCCUUGUGCACAUGGAAUUGCUGCUGCAAAACAUGUCAAUCUCAAUGAAAACAUGUUUGUUGAUGAUUAUCAUUCCACUGAAAGAUGGCGUUUAGCAUAUUCAGAGAGCAUUCACCCAGUAGGUGAUAUGGAGUAUUGGGAGAUUCCAGAGAGUGUUAGUUCUUCUAUUCGGCCACCUUCUACUCGUAUACCUAGUGGCAGGCGAAAGAAAAAGAGAAUAGCUAGUUCAUGGGAGUAUGGAAAGGCUAAGACAAAUUCAAAACAAUACAAAUGCAGUAGGUGCGGUCAGUGUGGACACAACAAAUCUAGUUGUGUUGCAGCUAUCUAA